UCAAGGCGCCGCGGGGCAGCCAUGCCGGGCCGCCUGCUGCGAGGCCUGCGGCAGCGAUGGCGCCGAUACAAGUACCGCUUCGUACCGUGGAUCGCGCUCAACCUCAGCCAUAACCCGAGGACCCUCCGAUAUGUUCCAGAGGAAUCCAAAGACAAAGUUUUAUCAGAUGAAGAGGUCCUAGGAACAUUACUGAAAGUUUUCCAGGCUCUAUUCUUAAAUGAUUUCAAUAAACAAUCAGAUAUCUUGACUGUGCUUCCAGAACCUGUCAAAUUGAAAUAUCAAGACUUCCUGGCAGUUCAGCAUCAAAGAGUGAAACUGCUUGAAAACAGACAUCAACACCAAAGUAUCUUUAAACCAGAAGAAGUUCUUUAUAAGACGCUGGGUUUCAGUGUUGCCCAAGCAACUAGCUCAUUGAUUUCUGCUGGAAAAGGUGUCUUCGUUACUAAAGGAUUUGUACCAAAAGGCGCGGUUGUAUCUAUGUAUCCUGGUACAGUUUAUCAGAAGUAUGAGCCAGUCUUUUUCCAGUCCAUUGGGAAUCCGUUUAUUUUUAGAUGCCUGGAUGGGGUACUCAUUGAUGGAAAUGAUAAAGGAAUAUCAAAAGUUGUAUACAGAUCUUGCAAUGGGAGGGACCAGCUUGGCCCUUUAAAAAUGAGUGAUAGUACAUGGCUAACUUCAGAAAUGCGUAAUCCACUGGCUGUAGGACAGUAUGUCAACAAUUGUUCAAACGACAGAGCAGCUAAUGUCUGUUAUCAGGAAUUUGAUGUGCCUGCGGCUUUUCCUGUAGAACUGCGGCAGUAUCUUCCAAACAUUGCCUAUAGCUACGACAAGCAGAGCCCACUUCGAUGUGUCAUUCUUGUCACACUCAGGGACAUCAAGCAAGGAGAAGAGCUAUUUUCAAAUUACUAUACAAUUGUCAGCUAACCUCGUCAGUCAGAAAUUAGGUUUUUGACUCAGUUAUUAAUUCUGAGUAUUUUUUUUUAAUCAUUUCUGAGUUCCAUCUACAGAACACUUUGAGACCCAAUUGGAGUAGGAAUUCUGUUUUUAUUGAUAUUGUGUUUGUUUCAAUUCAUGAUAAAAACUGUUUGCUUCAUUACAAUUUCAAAUUUGUAAUGCAGUUUCAAUUUUAAUUGACUUUCACCUAAAUACAGUAAACCCACUGCCAUUGAGUCGUAGUUCUUUAAAAUCUACCGUAUGACCUUGUAAUUUCAGUUUUUUAUUUAUUUUGUAUAUCUCUUCGGUGCUUUAUAAAAUUUUAGCCAAGCCACCAACAAUUCGUGCAGCACUGUUGAUGUGUACAAACUCCUGUAAAAACUAUAUUCUUACAGAAUAAAGUAAAAAACAAAAGUAUUCUAAAAUGGAAUUUGCGUUGCCAUCAGGAAAUUGGUGUGUGUGCGUGUGUUUCACAUAAUUUAAAGAUUGUCAUAAAUUGGUAAGGGGAAAAUGUGGGGUAGGGGUUAUACUAUUUUCUUUACUCUUAUUAUUUUGCUUAAACAUUUCACACAUCAUUAAAAAAAAAAAAAAAGCUAAAACGAGGAAAAGAGAGA